ACUCUGCCCCUGAAUUUAGACUUCCGUUUUUUGGCUUUUUACACUCUGGGGACUUUUUGAAAUUAAAUAAACUUGAUUUCUUUGUUUUUUUGAUGCCAAACGACGCGGCGUCGUAUUCUACACCCCAAAAACUACACCCGGACGGGAAAAACGCCCGGAAAAUGUGAGAAAAUCGUGAAAAACACAAACAACGUCAGAAUACGAAUGACAUGUCAUAUGAAAUUCCAAAGCCACGUUUUUGGAUUCUUUUUUGGGUUUUGUGAUUUUUUUUCGCAUUUUCAAAAAAAAAUGUUUUUUCUGUAAAUUUUGUCGAAUUAAACAAUUGUGGCGCCAUGCAGAACGAUAACACGCACCUUCCAGCCCUGGGGCACUUCAAUAUGGAGCUCUUCUACUUCUCCAGCAUCCUGGAAAUCUUCCAGGAGAACGCCUUCCAGAUUGACCAGACUACCGUAAACUACCUCAUGAAGAUCGUGAAAAUCGUGAAUGAUCUCGUGAAGAAGAAGGAAAUUGUCAGGGUGUACCAGCCUCAAGCAUUUGAUCCGGAGGAUUUCGAGAGAUUCACCCUCCAGCGGACACUCCGUUGUCAUUCCUGCAAUCGAAAUGUGCCUUUUCUCUGGUCAAACUUCCAGGAGCACAUGAGGGUGUGCCCUGCCGCUGGAAAUCAAGAAAUUCAACCAAUACCCGGCACAAGCAAGGGCACCACAACUACAAAGAACAAUCCCCCCCAGAAAGGGAAGGAAGCACCUCGCGAGCUGCCCAAAGAUUUGAAAGAAGAGGAGGAAGAAGAUGGCACUUCAUCUGAUGAUUCGUCGUCAGGAGAGUCUUCAGAAGAGGAGGGGAAUAAGAAGAAACAGAGGAAAUUCGAUUUGAAGGCCAAGAAGAGGGAAUUGAAGGAACUGAAGGAGCUAAUAAAGCGGAAGAAGAGAGAAAGGAAAACUGAGAAACAGCUCAAGCAGGAUUUCACAUUGAAGAAGAAUACAACUAUGGUCCUGAUGAUGUGGGAUGAGACCAUCAAUCAAAAUGUCGCGAUCGGCGAGAAGAUUAUGAAUUUGCCAAUUUACAAAAAUAUCACGGAUGAUUUGGAAAAGAAUCUCCGACCGGAAUUCCCGGAUGUGAAGGUGUACAUUUUUGGUAGUCGAAAGACUGGCCUUGGAACCUACACAGGGGACCUGGAUCUCUUUAUUGACGUCAAGAAUUACUACAAUUUCCCACUGAAGGACAAGGAGGAGAGCGUGAGGAUCAUUGAUAAAGUACGUGCGGUGCUGUCGAAGCCAAAUGUGCCGUGGGGGAAGUUUGUCUCAAUCACCCAUGCCAGGACACCGAUACUAAAGUGCUUCAACAGGGAGUACAAGAUCUCCUGCGAUCUCUCUUUCUGCAAUGGGCUCUCGCACAUCAAUACCGCUCUCAUUCGGUACCUGUUGACUCUCCAGCCGGAUUGCCAUCGAGUUGCGUGCUUCAUCAAGGCCUGGUACAAAUCCAUUUUCUUUUCGAGACAGGAAGCCAACAAGGUGAGCAGCUACAUGAUCACCCUUCUUGUUAUCUUCUACAUGCAAACCAUCAAGCUAUUGCCACCGAUUUAUCAACUUCACAACACAACGGGGAAGCCCCUGAUGAUUGGAGAUUGGCAGGGAGACUUUGCAAAGCCCUCUCUAGCAGAACUCAAUAUUGGAGUAUCCAACAAUCCCAAGAAGAUACUUGUUGGAUUCUUUCAGUACUACAGCUCCUUUGACUACAAGACCUACGUCAUUUGCCCCCUUCUCGGUUAUCCCAUCGAGAGGCAGCUCUUUGACACUCCGGAACUACUCCCGGACGAAAUGAUUCGCUACAAGGAAUUCGUGCAGAAGCUCACACCGUGCCCAGAGAAUUCAAAGGAACUUCUGGCAACAGAUACAACCAUAUGCGUCCAAGAUCCUCUGGAACUCUGCCAUAAUGUCGCAAAGGGAGUUCAUUUGCCACUCUUUGUUAAAUUCACAAAACUCUGCAAGAAAUCCGGGGAUUAUCUUAUGAAUUUUUAAUUGAAAUUGAUUUUUUUGACUGAUUGAAUUUCCUGAAUUUAUAAUAAAUCAUUGAAAUGAGAAAUAGAGCAAUUAAAUAAUCAAA